AUGAACGAGGCGGAUGCAUUGCUUAGGGAGAUCAGGAUAGACUGGGAGACACUCAUCACAGAAGACUUCAAUCCUCUAAAGCAGGCACUGAAGAACAGAAAUAGUUCUGUGGAGGCAUCUAAUUUCAGGAAUCUUUUCCAUAAGGUAGAAAAGGUGAUGGAAGAAAUCAUAGAAAGGAAUUACAAAGGCUUCAGCGACUCUGUUCUUUCAUACAUGGAGUCCUAUCAUCUCAAUAGGAAAUGCCAUGAUAAUAUCCAGGAGAUAUUCCGAGCUACGAAGGAGCUUUCUGAGAUGAAGAUAGAGGUAAAGGACAUGGUCAAGGAAUACAGCGAUGUAAGGGUUUUCAAGGCAAAGGAAGAGAUCUGCCUUGCACUCCUCGAAGUUAGAAAGAACUUUAGUGAGUUCUGUGAAAUUAGAGAUGGAAUUGAAAACGACAUGAAGAGAGGUGUAGAGGACCGGCAGAUGAGUUCCAAGCUUCUUGAGGCAUCGAAGAAGAUCAGGGCUGUAUAUGAUUUGAUAGAUGAAAAUGGCCUGGGUGGAAUGGAAUGCAUCAAAAGAUUUAGAAGUGAGGUGGACUCUGAGGCCGAAGAUAUCAUGAGGCUGGUUUUCAGAAGGAUCAACAGAUUUGCUUUCUACAAUGAAUGCGAGUACCAGGAUGACUUCAGAUGUGUUGUGGUUUUGAAUGUAUUACAGAAUCUUGAGAAGUAUCAGAUUGAUAGUCUUGAAAAAGAGUAUUUUAAGGUAGUUGAAUCCACUAUUGAAGAAGUAGAAAAAAGCAAAGAGGAGAAUCAAGCAGAGGUGCUCGCAAAGAUGGUGAUGGGAAGGACUAAAACGAUUAUUCGAAACUUCAGGAUGUUGUUUGAGAUGGCUGAUGCCUCUUUUGAUGGCCUUUGUAAGAAGUCCAAAAAUUUCUUUGAGGAAGAAGAGCUUCCGCUUAGGAUCUACAGCCCUAAAUGCCAGGAAACCGUUGAGGCAGCAGUAAACAAAAUCAUUCGCAAGUUCAUUAUGAAAUACAUAGAGGAUCCUGAAAAGCAGUGCUAUGAAGAGAUGUUCUGGGCUGAAAACUUUGUAGACGAUAUUGAUUAUGGGUCUGUGUUUGAAAGCAAGUAUCUCAUUCACGAAAAGAUGACCAGGCCGACACAACUCCAAGCCUCAUUCUCUGGAAGCUUCACAAGAAUUCUUUCCUCUGGUAUAGACCUGGUUAUUUACAUGGAAAGGUAUGCCAUUAACAGCGAGAUGAAGCAGUAUCUAAGGAAGAUCCUGGACGAAAGAUAUGUGAAAGAAAAGGAAAGCAGGAUUGAAAAGCAGAUUAUUUGCCUGUUCAAUGGUGAAGAAUGGCAUAGAAAUGAUUACUUGAGCUAUAGGCUAUCCUUCUAUUCAAGAUACGUCGAUCUUGUGGAGAACUUUUCUUCCCACCCGGAGUUUUGUAAUAUUUCUAUAAUCUCUGAGUUCCUGGACAACUUCCUUGAAAAGAAGUUUGAUGUGCAUUUCAGAGGCAUGUUUAAGUCGGACAUAAUCAAGGACUGUCUUUCUAGCGGACACACGGACGAAGAGGCAGCUGCAUCGUUCAAAAACUCUUUAUUAGUGAGGGAUAUGGAUAGAAACUCUCUGUUUUUCCAGAAGCAGUACUAUGAAAACAUGUUUUUUUCUUUGGAGACGCUCAGGGAUAUUAACAAGCCCAUUGGAGGCAAGAGAUUAGAGUCUCUCUACUCCUCGGCGUUGAUAAGAUCGAAGUUUCAGGUUGUUCUAGAGAUACUGUAUUUUUUUGAUUUGUUUUAUCGCGAGGGGAACUAUGCUAACAAGAACGAUUACUAUUUGCAUAAGAUACUAGGCGUUGUAGAAGAUGUUUAUGGCUCAGCAUCUUAUUUAGGUAUUGAAUGCGAAUACUUUGGGUUUAUGUUUGAGUGUUUGAACUUUUACAUACAAAACAAUGUAGCAAGGCUAAAUGUGAGGUCUACUGAGGAGUUAAAGUGUUUUCUUGAAAAAGUAAAGCUCCUGGACGAAAUUCUAGGAUUUAUUAAUGAAGAAGAUAGUUUGAAGGAAGCUGUCAGGUUCAUUGAGGAUGCGAUUUCUGGAGACUUUCGAGGGAGAAAUGGGAAGGUGCUAAGCAACAAGCUCGCUGGGAAAUGA